AAAGAAACGAGCCAGGCUUCAUCGGUUUCUUUCAGUCGUCUACACCAGAACCAACCACAAGAUGAAAUUGUCCCUGUUCUUCUUCCUCUCGAAUCUUCUAAUUGCCGAUGCCUUUGUGGUUCCCCGGCACCACGAGGCAAACCCGCGGCAAUCUCCGGCAGGGAUUCUCCGGCCCCGGUCGCUGGCCCGAGCCGCGAGAAAGAAGGCGGCCUCUCGGGAAGAGGAGGAAGGCAGCGGCACCACCGGUGCCGAGGACGCCUCCAGGAAGGCCGCCCUCCGGGGCGUCCUGGGCCAGAUCGAGCGGACCUACGGCCGGGGAUCCGUGGUCCGCCUGGGGGACGCCUCCCACAUGGCGGUCGAGGCGACGCCGACCGGCUCGCUGACCCUGGACGUGGCGCUCGGCGGGGGGGGAUACCCGAAGGGGCGGGUGGUGGAGAUCUACGGCCCCGAGUCCUCCGGGAAGACGACCCUGGCCCUCCACGCGAUCGCCGAGUGCCAGAAGAGGGGCGGGACGGCAGCCUUUGUGGACGCCGAGCACGCCCUCGAUCCCGUCUACGGUGCGUUGCGAUUGCGAUUGCGAUUGUGUUGCGUUGCGUGUUGGCAUCCAUUCGUGGGGUUUGUGUUGCGUUGUGUUGCAUCGGGACUGCCUUUUGCAGCGUUUCGCGUCUUGCGUGGGAUUGUAUGAGUGACACUCUAUAAACAUUUCUUUCUCGACUAGGAUUCACAAACACAAUUCUGCUUUCGUUCUGCGCAACGAUGUUCGCAUUCCAACCAACCGACCAACCCAUUGCCGUGUGCCCCGUGUUGUUGUUUUUUUUCCUUCUCUCUCUCUCUCUCUCUCUCUCUUCCCACAGCCAAUUCCCUGGGCAUCGACGUCGACGACCUGCUGGUGAGCCAGCCCGACUGCGGGGAAAUGGCCCUCGACAUUGUCGACAAGCUGGUGCGGUCGGCGGCCGUCGACGUCAUCGUGGUGGACAGCGUCGCCGCCCUGGUCCCGCGGGCCGAGCUCGAGGGGGACAUGUCCGACUCGCAGAUCGGCCUGCAGGCCCGGCUCAUGUCCAAGGCGAUGCGGAAGAUCACCGGGUCGCUCGCCCUCAGCAAGUGCACGGUGAUUUUUCUGAACCAGCUGCGCUCCAAGGUCGGGGUCAUCUACGGGUCCCCCGAGGUGACUUCGGGGGGGAACGCUCUCAAGUUCUACUCGUCCGUCCGCCUCGACACCCGCCGGAAGGAGGUCCUCCCCGAGAACGCCGGGAUCCGCGUCAAGGUCAAGGUCGUCAAGAACAAGGUGGCGGCGCCCUUCCAGAUCGUCAUGCUCGACAUACUCUUCGGGACCGGGAUCGAUUCGGAGGGGUGCGUCCUCGACGCGGCCCUCGACCUGGGGAUCGUGGAGCGGAGGGGGAGCUGGUUUUCCUACCGGGGGGAGAACCUGGCCCAGGGCCGGCACAACGCGCUGGAAUGCCUCAAGGCCAACGCCGAGCUGUAUUCCUCCAUGGAGGGGAACGUCCGCACGUCCCUGGCCGGCCUCGGAAGCGAGGAUCCGGAGACCGAAACCGGUGCUUCCGACGACCUUGUGCCCGGUGGGGCUUCCGGUGUGCCCCCGGUAGAGAUUUCGGCGGAGGGAUUCGAGUAAGCGGGCGCAACGAAUCUCAUCGACGUCCG